AUGCAUCGGCGAGCUGUAUUAAGGCUCUCGCGCCGAGUUGAUUUAUCAACGACUCCAUCCUCGUCGAACCGAACAUGUACUCGGACCUUUCAAUCAUCCGCGAUCCGGCUCAAUGAGUCUGGAAACGACAAUGGUGAGGGCGCCGCUCCCAAGCCUAUGACCCCCAAGUUCGGAGGCUUUGGGAACCGAUGGGCGAGCAAACAGGCACCCAAGCCUACCGGUCUAAGUGCUGCGGAGCAAGCACUGCGUGAUUCCAUCGUCGAAAGGAAUAAACCGCCUCCUACGCCAGAACCUACGAAACGACCUGAAUCGAGACAACGAGUCCCAGGAACAGACCAAUACAUCGGUGGAUCUCGCAAUGAGCACGGUCACGUUGGUCUUCGGCCAAGGCAGCGCACGAUUACGACAGAUGAGAAAUCGGAUCAGGACAAAUCCCAAGGCAAAAGAAAUUGGAGAUGUCCCGUGUGCGCCACGCGCGUUUUCAAGAAGUUUGAUGCGUGUCCAUCCUGUAAUGCGCCCAAACCGGCAUUUACGGCUGCACUGAAGGGUCCCCCGAAGGCCAAGGCCCAAAAGGACAAACAGUUCAAGCAUGAUUGGAGCUGCCCUGGGUGCAAGAAUAAUGUGUUUUCGUGGAAGACAGAGUGCCCGGCCUGUGGUCAUCAAAAGCCUGAUGGUUUACCAUGGCGCCCGGCCAUGAAUGAGAAGCGGGGAGCGAAUAAAUACCAAGAUUUGGGUCGAUCGAUACUGGUCGACCAUGAGCAGGAGAGCCGCGGUGGUGCCCGACAGGAUGACCGAGGAGGCGAGGAUGUGGAAGCAAAGGAGAAGGAAAAGAAGAAGGCACAAAAGGCAGAGAAAGAAAAGAAGACUGAGAAGCAGGAGGAUCUAAAGGAUCAAUGGACCUGGGAUAUGUCUGCCCUAGAGAAGAUGGGAUCCAUGGAGACUGAGCCACAAGCCGGAAUCCAGAAGAAGUCGAAGCGUCGUGACGAUCGCAAGGGACGUCAAUCUGAUUCGCAGGACGCUGACUUCGAUGUCGAAGACCGCAACCGCCGUCGUGACGAUCGGAAGCGCAAGAAGAAGGAUAAGGGUUCUAGGAAGGUAGAAGCGGCACCUCCUGCACCGCUCUAUCUCCCUGAGUUUAUCAGCGUCAGCAACCUGGCCGACGUGAUCGGUGUUCGGCCAGCGAACUUCGUCUCGCGCAUGGAAGACAUGGGCUUCGAGGAUGUUCAUUAUGACCAUGUGCUGGAUGCGGAGACCGCCGGUCUGGUGGCAGCCGAAUUCAACUACGAGGCUAUCUUUGACGAUGGAACAGCAGACCUGACGGCGGCACCGCCGCCAGAGGAUGCAUCCGAUUUGCCCACUCGUCCGCCAGUUGUUACCAUCAUGGGUCACGUUGAUCAUGGCAAAACCACCAUUUUGGAUUGGCUGCGCAAGUCAUCUGUAGCAGCCGGCGAGCACGGUGGUAUUACUCAACAUAUUGGUGCCUUCUCCGUGCCAAUGCCUUCUGGCAAGAUGAUUACUUUCUUGGAUACUCCUGGUCACUCCGCUUUCUUGGAAAUGCGCCGUCGUGGAGCCGAUGUCACCGAUAUUGUGGUCCUUGUAGUGGCAGCUGACGACAGUGUCAAGCCACAGACUAUUGAAGCUAUCAAGCAUGCCACACAAGCCAAUGUCCCUGUCAUUGUUGCCAUGAGCAAGAUCGACAAGGAGGGUUGCAACCCGGACAAGGUCAAGCAGGACCUCUCUGUUCACGGUGUUCAUGUGGAAGACUACGGCGGUGAUGUUCAGGCAAUUGGCGUGAGCGGCAAGACCGGAGCAGGAAUGAUUGAGCUCGAAGAGGCCAUUGGAGCGCUUUCGGAGAUGCUUGACCAUCGCGCUGACACCGAGUGCAAUGCCGAGGGAUGGGUCCUCGAGGCCUCAACCAAGAGCUACGGUCGAGUUGCAUCAGCCCUUAUCCGCCGCGGUACCUUGCGGCCAGGUGAUAUUAUUGUUGCUGGAACUACCUGGGCUCGUGUGCGUACUCUGCGCAACGAGGCUGGCGUGGCCAUCAGCGAAGCUACACCAGGCAUGCCAGUCGAGAUCGAUGGCUGGAGGGAUCAACCAGCUGCAGGUACUGAAAUUCUGCAGGCGCCCACCGAACAAAGGGCCAAAGAAGCCGUGGACUACCGUUUGGAGCGCUCUGAAACCGUGAAGAUGGGCGAGGACAUGGCCGCCAUCAACGAAGCACGUCUCGAGAAACGCAGACUCGAGAAGACGGAUGAAGAGGCUGACGUCUCAGAACCGACCGGUCCGAAGCCUGUCAACUUUAUCAUCAAGGCCGAUGUCGACGGUUCUGCUGAGGCUGUGCUGAACUCGAUCGCCGCCAUCGGUACCAAUGAAGUGUAUGCGAAUGUUCUUCGUUCGAGUGUCGGCCCCAUCAGCGAGUUCGACAUUGAACAUGCGGCUAGUGCUAACGGUCUCGUCAUCUCGUUCAACAUGCCCAUUGAUCCCAACAUGUCACGCAUCGCCGAGUCGGAGGGAGUGAAGAUCAUGGACCACAACAUCAUCUACAAGCUCAUCGAUGAGGUCAAAGCUGUUCUCAGCGAGCAGCUCCCACCUACAAUCACUCAGCGUGUUACCGGUGAAGCCGAGGUGCAGCAAGUGUUUGAAAUCACCGUCAAGGGACGUGAAAAGACUGCUAUUGCCGGCUGUCGUGUUCGCAAUGGUAUGAUGAACAAGACUCGCAAGGUCAGAGUGAUCCGCGGCAAUGAGACAAUCUACGAUGGCACAAUGUCUUCCCUCAAGAACGUCAAGAAGGACGUGACCGAAAUGCGCAAAGACACCGAGUGCGGUAUCGCCUUCGAAGGCUGGACCGAAUUCGCAGUCGGCGACCACAUCCAGUGCUACGAAGAGAUCUCCGAGAAACGCUUCCUGUGA